GGGACCUGGGGCGGGGGGCGGGGUCCGCACCCAGCGGGCAGGGGCGGCUGGGGGCGGGGUCCGGGCGGGGCCGGCCCCGGCGCUCACUUCCUCGGGGAGGGGUUGGGGCCGCGCUCCCACUCGCCCACACAGUCCGGGUCACAGUCCGAGUGCAGCCGGCAGCCUCGCCGGCAGCUCGCUCGGCCCCCGCACGGCCCGGCCCGCCCCGCAGGUAGAAGCCGCCGAGGGACGCGGGCCCUGUUUCUCGCACCACCCCCCGCCGCCGCCGCGAGCACCGCGCCCCGCAGCGGCCGCCCGCUUCGAGGCGGCUGUGAAGUGUGCAGAGACAGACGGGAGCUGAGUGGAACAGCGCUGGACACCGAGAGACUGAGAUUUAAUGGAGGCACACUGACAGCUUCCAAGGCAGAGCCUGGGAGACUCGGCCAGGAAGAUUGGGAAGCAAGAAUGUGGGGAAACACAAACUCUGGACCAACUGAGCCCCCAUGAGGACAGGACCUGAGACAGGCUCACCGACAGCCACCAUGAGCGAGGCCUUUGACUGUGCAAAAUGCAGUGAGUCCCUGUAUGGCCGCAAAUACAUCCAGACAGACAACGGCCCCUACUGCGUACCCUGCUACGACAACACCUUUGCCAACACCUGUGCCGAGUGCCAGCAGCUGAUCGGGCAUGACUCGAGGGAGCUGUUCUACGAAGACCGCCACUUCCACGAGGGCUGCUUCCGCUGCUGCCGCUGCCAGCGCUCCCUAGCUGAUGAGCCAUUCACCUGCCAGGACAGUGAGCUGCUGUGCAAUGACUGCUACUGCAGUGCCUUCUCCUCACAGUGCUCCGCCUGUGGGGAGACCGUCAUGCCGGGGUCCCGGAAGCUGGAGUACGGAGGCCAGACGUGGCAUGAGCACUGCUUCCUGUGCAGCGGCUGUGAGCAGCCGCUGGGCUCCCGUUCCUUUGUGCCCGACAAGGGUGCUCACUACUGCGUGCCCUGCUAUGAGAACAAGUUUGCGCCUCGCUGCGCCCGCUGCAGCAAGACGCUGACACAGGGUGGCGUGACAUACCGUGACCAGCCCUGGCAUCGAGAAUGCCUGGUCUGCACCGGGUGCCAGACACCCCUGGCAGGGCAGCAGUUCACCUCCCGGGAUGACGAUCCCUACUGCGUGGCCUGUUUUGGAGAACUCUUUGCACCCAAGUGCAGCAGCUGCAAGCGCCCCAUCACAGGACUCGGUGGAGGCAAGUACGUGUCCUUUGAAGACCGCCACUGGCACCACAGCUGCUUCGCCUGCGCCCGCUGCUCCACCUCCCUGGUGGGCCAAGGCUUCGUGCCAGAUGGAGACCAAGUACUGUGCCAGGGCUGCAGCCAGGCAGGGCCCUGAGCCAGGGCUCCUGGGCCCAGGCCCUCCCAAACCAGGGCUCGAGGACUAAGGCUCCUUUUCCAAACCACCUCUGGGACCCAGCCUCUCCCCAAAUUGGGGCUCCCCCUGGGUUCCAGGAUUCAGCCUCCCCACUCCCAACAUCCACAAACUGGUACUUCCUAGCCCAGGACCCCCAAACCUGGGCUCUUACGGAACCUCUCAUUCAGAUCCCCUCCCAAGUCUGAACUCUAGAACUCAGCCCUGUCCCCUAGUGUCAUGGUUCCCAGACCAAUCCCCUGACCCCAAAUCAGGGCUCUAGACCCCAUCCCUCCAAACUGGGACUCUGGGACCCAUGCCCCUUCAAUCUAGGCUUCUCUGAAGAGACUUUAGGUCUCUUAUGGGUGCCUGAGAAGUCCUGUACUCGGGCUUGACCCUCCCCACCCCUAUUCCACUCCUGUCCCCAGGGCUGAGGCUGUUUGGGCAGCAGAUCAGAGGUUCACUGGUUAGGGGGUCCUAGGGUACAGGGUUUUUGCCCAGCCUGCGUUCGUUGAGUGUUUUCUCAUUUCAGCUCCAUUUUGCCCAGAGAUGGGCAGAGGGGUGGGAUUGUUUCAUCCACUUCCAGAUUCUGCAAUAAAGCAGCGUGAGGUAGCACA